UUUGUUAGAUACCAAGAGUCCUGUAGGAUUUUGUUUGAUCUGAGUCUGUUUGUUUUGUUAUCUACGAAGAGUGUCCAGUAGGAUUUUGUUUGAUUUGAGCCUGUUUACUUUAUUAGAUAUCAAAAGUGUCUAUAUUGAUUUGACGUUUGUUUUAUAAGAUUAAAAAACAUGACACCAAGAGACCAGCAGGACAUGUUUGAUUUAAGCCUGUUUGUUUUACCAGUUAAGAGGACAUCAACACGAUUUCAUUGGUUUAACCAAAUCAGAGGACAUAUUUUGGUUGAUAACCUGGGGUAGAACGGUUAGGGUUGGAUAUAUACAACACACAGUUAACCUCCUAGCACUCUCAGUAGGCAGGGCACAUUGUAAAUUCCUGGAAUUACACCAGCUAAGAUUACUGCUCUUUGUAUUCUACACCAUGUGCUCCACACGAUAUUGUUGAAGCCACUCAGAACAUCUUGUGGCAUCCACGCAGUGUUUCGUUUCCCAUAACUACAGAGUCAGUUCAGAGGAUUUUAGUGCAAACCUCUUGACCCACAGAGACUAAGUUUGAUGAAUUCGGUAGUACAUACAUAUUCUAAGUAUCGCUAUAAAGAAUGCAUUGUUAAUUGAUGAUAGUGUACUAUAAAACAGAAUGCAUCAUUGGGUUAUAUAAAUAAUAAUAAUAGCAAGGGGUCCAGCAGGAAGGACAUAAAAUACAAUCUAUUUUAUAAAACCACUGUCAAACAAGAUCUUAUAUACCGUAAACCUGGCUAUUUUUGCUGUCGAUUAAUUUUUAGCGUUUUUGUGAGUCAGUUGGAUUCACAAAAAUAUUUUUCUCAAAAAUAGUUUCACACAUUUUUAAAUAUGUUUUUACAUAAAUUCGCAAAAAUAAGAAACACAGAAAUAAAUAUAUAGGAUUUUUACUCAAAUUCGCAAAAAUAAAUUGACGCAAAAAUAUCCAGAUUUACGGUAUUUUAUAAAACCACUGUCAAAACAAGAUCUUAUAUAUUUUAUAAAACCACAGUCAAAAAGACCUUAUUUAAGAUGAAAGAAACGACAAAGAAGGAUGCAGUGAUCCUGAAUAACUUCACAUUUUUUAUUUGUGAACUUUAAACUAAUAUUCAUCUUGUGCACAUGACAUUGGGUUAGGUUACUGAUGCAAUAUUAAGAAUUUUGAAAUUAAAAAAGGAUAUCUAGCACAUAUAUACACGAAGGUAAGCACAUAUGUGUAAAACUGAAAAUGUAAUUAUAGCACUUAUAUUAAAAAAAAUAGGAAAACUAAGUUUUCUACAAUGAAGAUGCAUUGGCUUUUCAUUUAGAAUCCAGUUUUCACAAAACUAUUCUAAUGUUUAACAAGCACAGUUUUACUGCUACUAUACAUGUACAUUCACCAAGUGAGAAUGGCCAGGUAAGAGCUGAGAGAGUGUGUUAUCUCACUGUAACAACAGCUACAUUCCCAGAAUUUCAACAAAUAUAAUGUGGCACAUAUCCCAAGAAGAGUAUUUCUCAAGUUUGUAUUAAAAUUUUCAUUGGUACGCAAUUUCUUCCUCCUCCUCCUCCGUGAAACACAGAGGUUACCAUACAUCUGUCUGUACUUCCUUCUUUCUAUCACUAUUCCUUCCCCAUCUCUCUCUCUACAUUCAUUAUCAUGCAAACUACUUAAAGCAAACAUUUCCCUGUUGGAGAGAUACAGUUGUCAUAAGUAAUGACAUUUGCAUAAUGAAUGACUUCAAGUCCUCCCCGAUAUACAAACAGCUCUCUUCUCAGUGUCCUCAAGUGUUUCCUUGCCUUUCACAAAGAACCUCUCAAAAUUAUCUUAGAUUCUAAAGGGUACGUGCUCUCUGCUGCAUUGCGAAAGAAUUUUUAAAAGCUACCGAUAGUUUUUAAAAAUCAUGCCAUAUCUAUGUUGCAAAAAAUAUUCUAAAAUCAAAAUAUUGAUUGAUAUCAAUUAAAUAUCAUAUCACAAAUUUUGAAAUGUCACAGUUAUGUUGCAAAAGAUAUUCUAAAAUCAAAAUAUGAUUGAUGUCAAUUGAAACAUUAUAUGAAUAUAAAUUUUACAAAUUAUGAAGAAGAAAAAAGUACCGGGGCAUAUUGCACUAUAUCAGCAAGUGACAAUACCCUUUUACAAUCCACAUUUUGUAAUUCAGUUACAGAAUUGAUAGAAUUUGUACUAUGACAUCAGCAAGCUAAAUUGCUGGAUUCAGGAUACAGUUUUAAUUUAUUACAUUACUAGAGGUUGUUCUAUUAGAUUAAGCCAGUUAACCAAGAAAAUAACACACUUUAAAUAUGAGAUAAUGACAUUGUGCAUACUCAAUGGGUAUUGAAGGAAAUGACUCACACAUGGCCACAUUGUCACAUUCCUUUGAACUUAGGUAUUGGCAGUGAAGGCUCAUUCUUAUCUCUUGUGUACAUAUUUUUUGUGUUCUUCACCUUCAGAUUAUGAUUUAUCAGAGAGCAGCAUUUGUUGUGAAGGGAGUGAACAUGUUUGUGUAAUGAAGCACCUGUUGGUGUAACAGUGUGGUGCAGCCAUUCUGUCAGGCAGCCUCACACUCCGAAGUUGACGCUGUUCUUGCCCUGUGCAAUGAUGGUUGCAGAUUUAUUGAUUUUGAAAAUCAGUGUGGGCUUUUCCCAGGUCAUGAGAUGAACCAAGAGAUUUCACUGUAUUGACAAACAAAAAACAAGGAUUUAAAUGGCAGCCUGAAUGGUGAGUCUGUACAAUUAACCUGUGUUGUGUUGAUUAUGAAGAGAAUUUUUGCAGACGGUGCAGGAUUAGACGGGAGUCUAUAUACACACUUGAAUGACCUUUUUGCCUGAGGAAAUGUUUAUGUCACUGCAUACUAUUCCAUGAGGAGUAAUCUGUAGUGUAUAUCUCCUCUUGGGAAAAUCCUGUAGGUAUAUUGUGAUCUGCAGUUAGGCUAGAUGUUGUGUGUGAAGUGUUCUAACAUGGAGGUGUGGAUAUUUUGUGUGUUGUUAGUGUGCUGUGAUAUGACAUGGAGCUUUCCUACUGCCUCCACAAGGUCUGAUUCACAACCCAGUCAAAUCAUAGAAACCAUCGAGGCUGGUGAAAAUAAUACUCUCAAUCUUAUUCAGGAAGUAACCCAUUCAGAUCUGCACACAAACCCUCACUCUUCUAGUGAUUUACUUAAAAAUGUAAUUAGAUAUGCGAAUGAUUUAAAAAAUAGUAAUGAAAAAUUUCAGCAUAACUAUGAAGGAGAAAGUGAAAGUAUAGACACUAAGGUGAUUUCUGAAUAUAGUGAAGUGAAAUCAUCGAAACCUGAGUCCCUUUCUUUAUCCCGGAGAGAAGCACUUCAACAAACGGAUGUUGAUCUCAGCGGAGCUUCGUGGUCGACAAUGGUGUUGACUAUUGCCAGCACCCUUGUGGCGCUGUUCAGCAUGUCUGUCCUUGUAGCUGUCUUCCAAUGUUGUUGUCGCCGCCGCAAGCGCAGCUCCUCCCCAGCCGUCAACGACAAAGGGGAGAAGGAAACGACCGACGACAAAAACAAAAACAACGAAAAAGUCAGAAAGGAGGAAGAAGUGAAACCCGCCACGAAAGAACAAAACAGCGAAGAGAGAAAACAGCGGGAGGAUUCCCAAGAGAAAACAGAAGAGAAAUUGUCUUUCAAGGACAAGUUAAAAGCCUUUGAGAAGAAAGAUGGCACUAAGGAAUCAUCCCUUAAGCCAGGCCCCACCCCCAAGAAGAGGCCUCAGAGUGAGGCCUUCAAGGCAUUUGAGGCCAAAGGGCUUCCCAUCAUGGGCAUGCCAAUGGGCCAAGGACCUCGAUUUUCGAAACCCAAAGAACCUCAAAAUGAUGAGAAAGAAGAGGCAGACGUUACGAUGCGCCCCAAAAUAACCAUCACCCCUUCUCCGGACGCCAUUUCUGAUUCUGGAAGUUACAAACAGCCAGACAACCCAGAUGUUGUGAUUGCUGAUGAUGAUGAAGGUGACUCGGAAUUUGGGGCCAUCAAAAGGGAAACCGCAGUGCUUAGAUCAUAUCGGAAAGCCCCUCCACCUAAAAACAGAAACCGCUCCUCUGCAGCAUUCAGGCGGAAAAAUGCUCAACAGUCUGUGGCGAAUUUAUUUGACGAUUUGGACAUAAUCAACGAGGACAAAGAAGCAGAGCCAUUGCUGUCUGCAGAAGACAACAGUCACGUACAAAAUGUAGAAAAGAAUCAAGACAGGUCCAAGCUGUCUCCAGAGCCUAGUACAUCCAAAACAAUCAGUCCAGUGGCCAAUGACCGGUCACGAUCAAAGACACCAGAAAAAACGGACUCCAAAACUUCCUCAGAAAAAAGUGCUUCAAAAACUGUUUCUGAAAAAUCAGAUUUAAAAACUCUCGAUCCAUCAGAUUCAAAACCUUAUAAAACUGGUUUAAAAACUCCAGAUAAAAGUGGUUCAAAGACUCCGGACAAAACAGGAUCAAAGACUCCAGAUAAAGCAGGCUCAAAAACUCCAGACAAAACAGGCUCAAAGACUCCUGAUAAGGCUGGUUCAAAAACACCUAACAAAGAACGUUCAAAGACUCCGGACAGAUCUGGCUCAAGAACCCCUGAAGAAAAGAACAGUGAAAAAAAGACAGUAGACAAAUCUGGGAAUCUUUCUUCACAACCCAGAGCUGCCAUUCCGACGGGAGGCAACAUAUUCGCACAAAUUGAUCCCACUGUGAAAAAGACGUCUCCUUCAACCACUACACCAACAAGUCUAGAAACGAGGAGUCGUGCUGAUAAAGUGAAGUCCUCGCCAUUGUUUCUUGAAGAUGACAAACUUAUGAAAGCUUUGAGUGAAAGAUUAAAGGCACAACAAGAGGGAGAAGAUGAAAAGGACAAGCACCAGAAACGCCGGUCACUGAACACAGAUCUGUGAUACACCUCAGUUGUCUGCCCUUGGAAUGUAUUUAAACAUCAUAUCAAAAUCAUGUUUAACUCGUUUUGAACUAAUCCAAAUAUCAAACAUUCUACACAUUAAUCUCUCAGUGUUUUCAAGGUCUAGACAACAAUCUUCAGUUUUCUUGCACAAAGGAGUCUUCCACUUCUCACCGAUGGACAAAAACAUUUUUUAAAUUUGAUUCAUGACACUGUGUUGUAGUUCCACAAUGUGUAAAGCUUCCUAAACCAAGAAAUUGUGAUUGAAUGUGUCGGGGGAAAGGAAAAGCACAGCCUUAAUCUCACCGUGAAUCAUUGUGGGAGGAUGUAAUGAAUGCUUAUAUACAUGUUGAUUUGACCGUAGUGUUUUGUUUUGAAUGUUGAAUGUGAGUAUUAAACACUGCUGACAUUAGUUGCCAAACUUUGCUUUUUUCAUGUAACAGGAUUAAAUUACAAGGAAUAUAUGACUAAUACUUGUUUAUGCAUUUGUUUCAAAUGGAAGUCAGCCAUUAUGACAAAGUGUUAUGCCUCCUUAAAUGCUAGUGUAGACUGAUGUUAAUGUUUUAUCGCUCAAACAAAUGUGCAAUAACUCGAUAAUUUUCACAGAUUAUGCAAUUACCACAAUUUAAUCUAUUUAUCACUGCUUAGCUUGUAUUUACAGAACAAGCCAUCUGCAUACAACUCCUGAUCAAUAGAUGUUACUAAUAUUUUAAUACAAUAAAUUGUGUUGGAACAAA